UGCAAGUGUUUAGUUGGUUCAAAUGACUAUGUUCAAGAAAAUGUUCUCAAUGGAUAAAACAUCCCAUGAAAAUAAGAGUAACAAGUAAAGAGGAGAGGAAUGCUAUUAUUCCUGGUAGCAUUGGCUAUUGAGUCGAACUAGAUCCUGAACCAACAUCAGAAAGUUGACUAUGGCGGAGGAGGAAAGACAGCUAAUUCCAGUUACAGUUGGUCUUGACAAUAACAGUGACGACGAAUUGUCUCGACUGGGUGCAGAUGUCUAUGAUCAAGAUGAAUUGGAAGAGGGUGUCAUGCGUCAGCUGCAGGAUGAAAUGGAUCGCAGUGACCAGAUACUGGCGCGAAAAAGGAUAGAGAAGGACUUGCUUGAGAUUGGUCGUCAAAUCAGGCUGAAGCGUAUAGGUCUAUCGGGUACAAAGCACACCGCUCUGGAGAGAAAGAAGAUUGUGAAGGAUCUCCAUUCCCUGGAAGCCAAGGAGAAACGUUUGAAGAAGAAGCUUCAGUCUGGCCAACCUAUCAAUGAACUCGAUAGUGGCAGUGAUAAUGACUGUGAAGUUGAUGAGACAAAUGGUGUGUCUUUUGCUGAUGCCCUGAGUACAGUGGCUCGCAAGAACACCAACAGAGCAAUGAAGUCGGGACAGAUCUCUGCGCGUGAGCGAGAGCAGCGCGAAGAGCUAGUGCGCCUGGGCCAGAUGACACCGUUCGGCAGCAGCUUGGCUGAUGUGGCGUCAACACGGCCAGCAGCAACUGCUGGGGCGGUGAUGACACACGGUGCUACCAGUGCUCUUUCUGCAGCCACAACACAGGAGUUCUCACCUCGAGGCGGUGCAACAUCAUCGUCGAAUGCACCGGUGCCGUCAGCACAUGCCGUGUCGGACAUUCCACCCGGAAGGGCAAGUGGAGGCACCAAGCAACCUCCGCAACCAUCUCAUGGGCCCAGCUCUGAUCGCGGUCACUUGCAUAGCUCUCUGUACAAUGCCGCUGAAGAGGAAGUUGGUGAGCAAGCUCAAAGGAAGCGUCCUGUCUCCACGAAAAGAGUUGCAACGCCUUCUUCCCCAGGCAGUGAAAGUGAAGGAGAUGAGUAUGUGCCCUCACGGCGGGAAAUGCGUGACAGUUUCAUGGACGUUGCAUCUGAGUGCUCCUCUGGAAAUGAGGAGGUGGAAGACAACAGUGGUGCAAAGAAACGAACUAAGAAGGGCGCUGGUCGUAAGCCAUUGGCUACAAAAAUCAAGUCGCCACCCACACCUAAGAAGAUUAUUGUGAAACGGAAAACUGCAUGUCGUGAUGAUGGCGAUGAAAAGCUAUAUCAGCAGCGGCUUGAUCUCAUCAGCACGGAACAAGAGCGUCAGCAAGACAUCGUUUGCCGGCGAGAGGAGGCAAUGGAGAACGGACUGGACGACUCCCUGGACGAUGUUGAUGCCUGUGGACUGCCUUCGUGGCUAAAGAGGCCGCUGUGUCUGGAGGCCAGCCGUGACGGCACGGUCCCAGAUGAUCAUGAGCUGCCAGGGGGGCUGAACGUGCCGGGAUUCAUUUGGGACCGUCUGUACAUGUACCAACGUGUGGGCGUUCAGUGGCUCUGGGAGCUGCACUCCCAGAAAGUCGGAGGAAUCGUCGGUGAUGAAAUGGGCCUCGGCAAGACCAUCCAGAUGAUUGCAUUCCUGGCCGCUCUGCACCACAGCAAAACACCGAUAACUGUAGCACCGAGACGUUACUACGGCAUGGGCCCGGUGCUGAUAGUUUGUCCGGCAACACUGCUGCACCAAUGGGUGGCGGAGUUCCAUUACUGGUACCCGCUGGUGCGCGUGGCUGUGCUCCACGACACGGGAACAUUCAAUGGACGAAAGGAAGUACUGGUGCGUACGAUUUUAUCCAGCGGUGGUGUUCUGUUAACGACGUACACCGGUGUGCGCCUUCAUGCCGACUUGCUUCUCCCGGGCAGGUGGUCCUACGUUAUAUUGGACGAAGGGCACAAGAUCCGCAAUCCCGACGCAGUCAUCACGGUUACGUGCAAAAUGUUCAAGACAUGCCAUCGCAUCAUCCUUUCGGGCUCGCCCAUGCAGAACAACCUGCGCGAGCUGUGGUCCAUCUUCGACUUUGUCUUCCCCGGCCGUCUCGGCACGCUGCCAGUGUUCAUGACAGAGUUUGCUAUUCCCAUCACCCAGGGAGGCUAUGGCACAGCAUCCACUCAGCAGGUCCAAACCGCCUACAAAUGUGCGUGUGUCCUGCGUGACACCAUCAACCCGUACCUACUGCGACGGGUGAAAGCUGACGUGAAGAUUAACCUCGGACUACCGCCGAAGAAUGAGCAAGUCCUGUUCUGUCGCCUAACAAGUGAACAGCGCAAGGCAUACAAGUCUUAUCUGAAGUCAAGAGAUGUGGACUCAAUUCUCUCAGGGAACUUGAAGGUGUUUGUCGGCCUCAUCACUCUUUCCAAGAUCUGCAAUCACCCCGAUCUUGUGUCAAACGACUCGUGGGAUGCUGACUCCACUCAGGGACUGAGGGCCGUCCGUGCUGGCCAUCUAUCCCAGCCUGUGCCGUCCUCACCAGCCAAAGCCAAAACCAAAGCCAGUACCCCGUCACAGCCUGUAGAACUGCUUGCAUCUGGCAAUAGCCGUGCUGACAAUAUGACAGUCUUACCUGCAUCCGACAAUAUGACAACCCUACCUGCAGCUGGCAAUGCGACAGCCCUACCUACAUCUAGCGGCAGUGGUACUGACAGCAAUCCAGUGCUGCCUGUAUCCGGUAACAGUUCUUCUCACGGUGCGGAAACCGUGCCGGAAUCGAUCUGUGGUGCUGACAAUACGGCCACUGUACCUGAUGCUGACCAGGCUGCCUUCGCAGAUGUUCCUGAUGAAGUCCGUAGCAAUGCUAACAAUUCAUUGCGAGGCGUCACCGAAUCUACGUAUGGCUAUUGGAAGCGGUCUGGAAAGCUGCUCGUGGUCCAUUCACUGCUCAAGAUGUGGUACCUGCAGUCUCAUAGAGCUCUGAUAUUCUCUCAAACUAAACAGACUCUGGACAUUCUAGAGCGCUAUGUGGCCAUGCGCGGGUACAACUAUCUUCGCAUGGACGGAGACACACCUGUUACACGCCGCCAGCCACUUGUCAACCGCUACAACGAUGACCCGUCGAUCUUUGUAUUCUUGUUGACAACACGUGUUGGUGGUCUGGGUAUCAACCUGGUCGGUGCCGAUCGCGUGGUCAUCUUUGACCCGGACUGGAACCCUAGUACUGACAUGCAGGCUCGCGAGCGGGCAUGGCGAAUAGGUCAGAAGCGCCAUGUUACGGUGUACCGCUUGCUGACGACAGGAACGAUUGAAGAAAAAAUCUACCACAGGCAAAUCUUCAAGCAGUUCUUGACCAAUCGCAUUCUGAAGGACCCGCGCCAACGGCGGUUCUUCAAAGCAAAUGAUCUCCACGAGCUCUUUACAUUGAAUGAUGAGAUUGGUUUCACCAAUGUGGCAAAGUCCUCAUCCGCAGAGGAGCCGUCCAGAAAGAAGGAUAAAUCUCAGGGUUUACCCCUGACCGAAACCGCUGCUAUUUUUGCUGGACUGGGUGCCGAUGUUCCCAUGCCAAAGAAACGCAAACACGCUGCUGUUCCAGGCAGCGCCGUCAAUGUUGUUGAUGCCGAUAAUGAUGCUGAGUUGAGUGACCAGGCAAUAGGUACCACCCCACCAAGUCAGAAGAAACGCAAGAAGAAACGACCGGACACGGCCAUAGAGGGUCACCGUAUUCGACACCUGGACUGCAUUGAUGUUCAAGCAAAAUCAGGUCAGGAAGCUGAUGACACCAUGGCUAAGUCUUCUUCCCAAUCCGCGUCCUCGUCACCAAGCACUGACAGGAAGAAACAAGCAAAGACAAGUAGCAAUGGUGGUAGAGGUCAGGCUGACACUAAUGACCAGCAAGCUGAUGAUGACUUUAUUCUCCGAAACUUGUUCAAGAAAUCCGGUAUAUUGGGCGCGUUGCAGCACGACAGCAUUAUGGACUCGGGUGACGCUGACUACGCUUUGAUUCAGGCUGAAGCAGACCGUGUGGCCAAGCAGGCCGCUUCCGAACUGGCAAAGUCUCGCGAGCAGUACAGAACUGCCGCAGCACAGUUCUCUUCACAGCCAGGUGUUUUCAGCACCGUCAAACCCGUGCCUAAAAAACCAAAGUUUGGAAAGCAAAACCAAGCACCAGCCCUGUUUGCCAAAGCAGAGUCUGCAGGAAAGGAGAAGACGCAGGCUAUCGCUGGAGGCAGUGAUGGUGCUGACAUUAUUAAUGGAAGCGAAGACGCUGGUAGUACUGUUGCUGGUGACAAUGGCGACGGUGGUGGUAGUUGCAACGCUGGAAUCAAGUUUGGCAGCGGAAAGCUUGCUGGCAGCAGCACGAUAGCGUUGGGUUCGGACAGACAGGAUGCACCCGAGCAGUCCACUGGUGCUGUGCACUCCUCAACAUUGCUGGCUCGCAUGCGCGCAAGGCAGAAUAACUCGGUCGGUGGCAGCGUUUGUGCAAUAAGUAGCAGCAGCAGCAGCAACAGCAACAGUAUUAGCAAUAGCAGUACUGCAAACAAGCCUGCAGGAGCAACUGAAGCAAACGGAUCAAGUGAUGUUACUGCAGCAAGGCCCACACCCACAUCCAGCCUAAUUCAGGAAACCCAGGAGUUCAUAACUUCGCGGGGUGAUCGUACAUCGGCCACAAGUGAAGUGCUCUUAGCCCAUUUCUCACCGCGCCUUCCACCGAAUGGUGCCACUGUCUUCCGCUCCAUGCUUCGGCAGAUCUGUGACUUUUCUCGGUCACCAAGCGGCGAGGGUACCUGGACACUGAAAGAGGAAUUCCAUUGAUGCACACUCCACUUUCGUCACCACUGGGUAAAUGGAUACAGCUUUGGCGAAGUUGUUUCACUGUCUAGAUCUGGCCAGAACAGUUAGAAUUCUUAUUCUGUAGCUCAUAGAGGUGCGGUGGCUCUCACUUUUUUUCUUUAAAAAAUAAAAUAAUUGAUUGUUUGCUAUCGCUAUACAGCCGACAGCCUGUGCAAUUUUUAAUCUUUUUGAAGAGGUUUUACACGGUUUUCCAUAUGCCUGUGCUUACAGCAUGAACACUGGCUGAGUGCUGUUAGUCAUAGCUAGUAGGUAGUCAUGGUUGCUAGGCACCGAUUGUCAGAACUAUAACCCCAUGCCACUAGCGGCGGUUCCAUGGCCAGUACUCAAUAGUGGCCCGAUAUUAGUGGGAUAUCUUCAUAUACGUGCAUUAAAUUUUGUACUCUGUGUACGCCUUGUCCCCUUCUUCAUCAGUAUUAGCAGCUUUAUUGGAAACAGCAAGUUUUAGAACAUUGUCGUAUUAUCAACUCAUAUGAAAACAUCUAUACAAAAAUAAUAUUAUUUGCAAUUCUUGCGACAUGCUAUUUUAUUCAUUGUAGGCCAAACCAUUAAUUUUGCUUUCAAAAUACUUCCCACUUUUUUAAAGUAAAUUAUUCACAUCCCUUUCCAAUACUCGCAGCAUGGAGUGAGUUACUGAAAUAUCAAGCCCAUACAUCCAAACUACAUCUUGCUGCAUGACGUA